AUGGGCUCCCAUUUCCGAGGAAUGUCUAAGCAUGAGUGGAUCAAUGCAAUACCAAGGUUAAGGACUCACCUUGAUUAUAGUAUUCAAAGCAUUUUAAAGUUUAGUUACGAUGCCUUAUGUGGUGAAGAUAAAGAUUUAUUCCUUCAUAUAGCCUGCCUUUUGAACAAAAAAAGAAUUGAGAACGUGGAAGAGUAUCUUGCGCAUAAGUUGUUGGAUACGAAGCAAAGGUUUCACGUAUUAGCUGAGAAAUCUCUCAUAUCUAUUGAAGAAGGAUGGAUAAAGAUGCAUAAUCUGCUCGAGCAGUUGGGUAGAGAAAUUGUUCGUUAUGAUGAGCUAGGAUCCAUUCGUGAACCUGGAAAACGUCAAUUUUUGGUUGAUGGUAGAGAUAUUUGUGAAGUGCUCACUGAUGGCACGGGUAGUAGAAGUGUUAUAGGCAUACAUUUCAACUCAUUUGAACUGUCAGGCGAAUUAAAUAUAGGUGAGAGAGCUUUUGAAGGAAUGCUAAACCUGAAAUUCUUAAGAAUCAAAUGCGACCAGAGUGAUAAAUUGUGCUUACCGCAAGGUUUGAACAAUUUAUCUCGAAAACUUAGACUACUAGAAUGGGAUCAUUUUCCAGUGACAUGUUUGCCUUCCAAGUUUUGCACGGAGUACCUUGUCGAACUAAACUUGCAACACAACAAACUUGAGAAGAUGUGGGAAGGAAAUAUGGUACGGAAUAUAAUGGUGAUGUGUCUUUCUCCCGCUCCUAAACCUCAAGAGGAUGAAUUUGUUCCAUUCAAAGAACCUAAAGGAGCUACCUGA